AUAAAAACAUCAACAUUUCGCAUCGAACUCAGUUUGUUUUCUGUUCAUUGCCUUACAAACUGCGAAAGAUUGUUCCAAAUUAUGAUUCUCUCCUUACAAAUUUUAAAAAUGAAAUCAAAUCCACAUUUACUAGGUUUUUAAACCUCGUAUAAGUUUACCGGAAAUGGGACGAGACGAAGAUCAGCAGCACAAUAUGAAAAAACGUCCCGCAAGUGCAUCUCCCUAUGCGGAAAACUACCGAGUGCCGAUGGACAUUUGCCAGCGACAUUUGAUCAACCAUCGGUUGAUGGUGUCGAAACUGAGCCGCCGCGAGCUGGAGGACAAGUACAUCAGCUUGUGCGACGAAAAUUUCUCCAUGAAGAAGCGCUACCAGGAACAAGAGGAACAGAUAAAAAAGCUGAAAGUCAAGUUGAUGCGCUUUUCCAGUCUGGAGAGCAACAAGACGAACAAGUCGGAUAUGAAAAGCAAUCAAAGCAGCAAACUACAUGAUCUGGAAGAACAACGUCAGGAGUUGCACGAAAAGCUGAAAGCCUUGCGAAACAAUCAGAAGAAGAAGGAGUCACGUAAGAAGCGUGACGCUGGCAAGGGGUCGGCUCAGAGACGGAAGGGGGUAGAAAGUAGCACUACGCGGUCUUCGUCCUCGACAAAUCAUCGAGAUGACGAGGAUGGCUACGACGAAGACCGAGACGAAGUGUCGUCCACUACGGAUGAAGAUGUGGAGCAUGGUGGUCCCAGCACUAGCGCUAGGAUCCAACCGAAAACAGUGAAAUCGUGUCACAGCUGUGAAUCGCUCAAGGCCGAGAAGGUAGCCAAUGAGUCGGAGUUUGUGAAAAUGAAAAUGGAUAUCAAGUUUUUGCAUAAGGAAAUUCAAAACGAGAAGGAAAAAAGUGCACUGCUCGGCCGCCAACUGGAGGAAAAACUAUCGUACGAAAUCAUGAAACGGAACGCCGCCGAAAACGUGGAGGUGAUUAAUUUGACACGUCAGGUGGACGACAUGGCGAAGCAAAUCCAGCGGCAACAGGACGAGCAACGGCGCGCCCUGGAGGCGGAGCUGACCAAACAAGCUGACUUGGAAGUACACAUCAGGAGGGAGAAAGAUAAAAACUCGGCGCUGUUUGAGGAAUGCGAACGAUUGAAGAAGAACAUCGAAAGGAUCAAGGAGAAUAUGUCUGAAGUUGAGAUUGAGCGUGACUUCCUCAAACGGCAGCAGGAGAACUUCACCAAAGUAGUGGACGAGAACAAGCUGCUGCGCUAUCAGCUGGAAGAGCUUCGCAAACAAAACGAAGAACUUGCCAGGCAAAUCGAAACACUCAGAGAGGAGGAAGCCGUUACCAAAGGCGCCCACAAGGAUCUGCUGGAGAAGUUGAAAACCCUACAGCAGGAUAACGAUACUCUGUCGAUACUGCUGGAAGGUUUGAGAUCCGAGAAUGAAACCCUGGCCGAGGAGAAGACGGUUCUGCAGCAGAAUCUGAAGAGUUUGGAAGCAUCUCCUGAGAAAGACAAACCUUCCUCGCCGGUUGUAGGAAUCGAUGGUGCUACUCAGACAGAUAUAACGGAGAUCAUCAUAGAUAAAAGGUCUACAACUGCGGUUCAAACUGAAAGCCACGAAGAGCAGAUAUACCAAGCUUCUUCAAAAUGGAGCUCCUCGUCAGAACCAGAAGACCGCCAUUCAGAAGAGGUGGUAUCACGUACGCCGAAAACAAUGCGUCUUUCGGAGGACUCAGUAAUGCGGCAUCAUAGAACCUCGCCAAAACAGGUUCGCAUUAGCCAGAUUCUUCCGCGCAUUACUCUGCUUCAGCAGAACACUCUGCAGGAUAGUGCCAAAUCGAAACCGAGCAAUGCAGCUCUGUUGCUGUCGAACACAUACGCACAGAGCGUGGAGCGCGAACUUAUGAACACCAGCUUUACGAGACGUGGCCAGGGUCAUACCGUUGUGUCAGUGUCACCCGUGUCGUCAAAUUCGAUGGAUAAGAAAAGAAUAUCGUUCCAAGAAGAGGAACGAAGCAUCACUUCAGAGGAGACAUCCAGCCAGACGAAAGGUGAUGAUCAAGGUUCCACUAGUUUGUUAGAAAAGAAUCAAGCCGAGGAAAUCCAACAAAACUAUGCAUCAUAUUUUGGACUGACUCCGGAGGUGCAACAGCGAACUCGAGAAUACUCUUUGAUUCUCGAUCGAACGUCCACGUCCCUAUCGUCCUCCGCCUCGCAGGACGACUACAUUGCGCUCACUAUCGAAAAGGUCUGCUGGAAGGACUCAACACUGUCCAAACUGCUCGAACGAAAAGUUCAGCAUUUUUACGUGGAGUUCGGCUUUCUCGGCGAACGAGGCCACCGGCUGGAAACUCCCCAGUCGGCCGAUCUACUUGCAGGCAACGGGGCCUGUCAACAGGACGGUCGGCCUUCACUGGAGCACAUUUUCGAGCAUCGAGUGGGGUUUCGCUUGGGAGGACCCAAGUACGAGUCCCGGAGACAGUUGCUGCGAGAAAUGUUGCUACCCGGAGGACGCGAUAUGGUACGGUUUUUGAUCGUUCACGAACAGGUUGAGGUGCGGAACUGCAGUGAAAUCGGAUUUGCCUCGUUUCGGUUGAAGCAGGAAAUUCAGGACGCCAAGGUGGAGGAUAGUAAGCUGAUAGAGGCGGCAAUUUACGAUAUCAAAGAUCCGGUCAACGAAAUGGGGGUGUUGUAUGUUUUGUUGGAAGGUAUUCAUCUAUUGCGAGCGAAGUUUUGGAGUUGAUUGGGUAGUGAAAUAAAUUGAUGACACCGGUUAUAUGGUAAAACAUGAAGUUUAUCUUAACGCUUUUGAGAACAGCUCAUUUAUAUCGAUCAUACUA